GCAGAUGUGGAGGGGAAAGUGAGGGCGUCAAGGAAAUCGGCAAGCGGGCCCUCCUUUCACAGGAAAGCUCGAGAAUGUUGGAAGGAGGGCUGGGAUUUUGCAGCGUAGAAGGAUGGAUUCUUUAAUCCUUUCGAAGCCGGGAUCGGACGAAAUGCUGGACUUAGAUUACUUAUACAGGAAAGACUUUUGAAAAUUCAAAGAGAAUACAUGGAGAAAGUCUACAAGGUUUUCAAAAAUUGUAUCGUAGUUUUCCUGUCAAACGAGUGUGAAUGGUAUCUGAAAUCCAAUAUUAGAGAAAAGAGAAUCCAUCUCUACCUUGUAGCGAUUUGAAAACUCUGAAUCCGGGGAUCAGCUAUGCAAAUGCGCAGCAAAGACAGCCAGACAGAGCAUGUAGAAUCGAUCGGCAUCCCAGCAGAGGCCGCGGGCGGUACUUGAAAUAUCUACCCGUAUCAAAUGUGUCGACUUUGAAAGCAGCGUCUUCGGCAGCGUGUCUUUGAGUGAGCAGCCAGCCAUGAGCCUUCGGAACAGUUAAACACAAGAUUUCAAGAAGGGACAUAUACUGCACGAACUCUGUGCAGAUUAUGUGAUACAAGCCGCAAGUUUAACUCAAGGGCUCGAAUCUGCAUUAAAUAGUUAGACAGACGUUACUUCUUUCGUUUAUUGUGUUCUUUCUCACCGAAUUUUCUCUGAGGCAGACGUAGUGUUUGUGAAUGUAGUCAACAGUAAUUUCGUAGUGGCUUCGAAAGCUGAUAACGUCAACGAAGUGACACUAUGUGAAGAAUUUUGUUCUCAGAAACUAGCAGCACGAAGGCCAUAUUUUACAAGACGCUGAAAUCCUUAGCCCGAGACGUGUCCUCGGCGCCGAGAUGCUGCGAGCCAUUCAUCGUACGACGGAGCGUGUUCGCUCGAGCGAGCCUACGCGAGCGUUUGAUGACGGCAAUUGUGAUGUCAUGGGAGAUAUUUCUCACAAGCUCCGAGCACGGAAUAUUUUCACAGCCCCUAGGCUGUAUAAAAAAUUCUCCACGACAAGAUAAGAUAAGACAAUGAUAAGAUGAGGACAAGAGGUGAUAAGAUAAGACAAUGUGGUUUGGCCCUUAGGGCCAAACCACAAGAUCUCCUCUCUCUUGAAAGCAAUAAUUGAACAUGGCAAUCAAUCCACAACGAGAGUUGCCCUCGACGGGAAGACCUGGCUGGCGAAACGUCUACUAGAGCGAUUUUCAGGUUUCUGCUUAAGCCUCGCCUUUUGGUGAUACUACAACCACAGACCAGCUGCAAAAAACCAUGAGUCCUGGUUUUCCUCACCAGCUCCACUCUUGAAACAAUCAACAGCAGCUCUGGAUCCAACUAUAGACCGGACAGAGCAAUCCUUCAUCGAAUGCUGGUCGCGAAGGGCAAGUUGCAUUUAAUAAGGAAAACCCCCACAUCAACAAGCUCUGCUCGAAGCUGCACGGUCACAUUCUGGGAUCAAUCAGUGGCAACACUUCACUGUUCAUUAGAAGAAAGUUCGAUUGACGUGCUAUGUGAGAUGCCAGGGCCACCUUUUCAAACGAAGACUUCAUAGCUCAUCAGAGACGAACAGUGGAAAGUUUCGAACUGCUUAUCAGCAGC